AUGACCACCCAAAAGCCAGUCUGUACCGACAAGGAUCGUGUUCUCCUCCUGUGUUCUCGCGGAGUCAUGACCAGAACUCGCCAUUUGAUGAAAGACUUCAGAAAACUUCUCCCUCAUGUCAGAAAAGAAUCAAAAUUCGAGAAGAAGAGCAAGUUGUCGGAUCUGAACGAGAUGGCCGAGCUGGAUUCAUGCACAAGAUGCAUGUAUUUUGAGAACAGAAAGAAGAGAGAUGCUUAUCUCUGGCUGAGCGAUGUGAAUGGAGGAGCAUCGUGCAAGUUCUUGUUGAGGAAUAUCCACACUAUGCAUGAGAUGAAAAUGUCUGGAAAUUGCCUGAAGGGAUCGAGGCCAAUCCUCUCUUUCGACCCCAAGUUCGACUCAGAACCUCAUCUUCAGUUGAUCAAGGAACUGUUCAAACAUGUAAAAACAACCUAAACAGUAUCAUUAUUUGUUUUAGACAUUCAAAACGCCCCAAUACCUUCCAAAGAGCAAGCCUUUCAUAGAUCAUGUCUUCAACUUCAGUAUCUCAAAAGAUGGCCAUAUUUGGUUCAGAAACUUCCAGAUUGUUGGAAAAGGAGAAGAACUUCAAGAAAUUGGUAGGACUCGAUGGUGUUGAUGGUUUAUUUAUUUUUCAGGCCCAAGAAUGACUCUUGAAGUGAUCAAGAUCUUCGGAGGUUCCUUUGAAGGUCCGGUUCUCUAUGAGAACACUGAAUAUGUCAGCCCUAAUCUAAUCCGCAGAAGACUACGUCUACAGAGCACCCAAAAGGCUGCUAUCAGAGCAAGCAAGAAGAAGCAGAACGAUGAGGAAGCAAGGGAUCUGGAGGAAAUGGAAGAGGACAGCUCUUAG